ACCCGUUUAUAACUUCCUGUUUGGGUUGCUAGCAGCUAUGAAGAGGGUAUUUUAGAUGAACUCUUUCUCUGUCUAUAUUCAAGCCUGUUAACAUUUUUUAGAUAAACACAACACAAGAUGUCGGAAACCGGGAACCGACUGCGGAAACUGCUCGAAUCGCCUAAUUUCGACCCACAGAAUUACGUGAAACAGCUGUCACAACAGUCCGAUGGCGACAGAGAUUUGCAGGAGCAUCGUCAGAAAAUCCAAACCUUGGCCGACGAAACGGCCCAAAACCUGAAGAAAAAUGUCUACAAGAACUACAGGCAGUUUAUUGAGACGGCGAAGGAGAUUUCCUACCUGGAGAGUGAGAUGUACCAGCUGAGCCACAUCCUGACUGAGCAGAAGAGCAUCAUGGAGAGCAUCACUCAGGCCUUGUUGUCCACAGACAAGGAUGAAACCUCCAAAGAGAUGCAGGCAGCUUUUCCUAAAGAGACAGAGGACCUGAAGCAGAGAACACUCACCUCGCUGCUGGAAAAAGUGGAGGGAGGCAAAAACAUCAUGGACACCCCCGGGAGGCACCUGAUCUACAACGGUGACCUUGCAGAGUAUGACGUGGACAACAUGUCUCCCAUUCAGAGGGUCCACGCUUUCCUGAUGAACGACUGCUUGUUGAUUGCCACCUGGCUGCCAAACCGCCGCGGCACAGUGAAGUACAAAUACAGCGCCCUGUACGACCUGGAGAGCUUCGCGGUGGUCAACGUUAAAGACAACCCUCCCAUGAAGGACAUGUUCAAAAUCCUAAUGUUUCCAGAAAGCCGCAUCUUCCAGGCAGAAAACAGUAAAGUCAAGAAGGAGUGGCUGGAGAUUUUGGAUGAAACCAAGAAGAGCAAAGUGACCAAGGACAGGCACAAGAAGGAAGAAGAGGUCCCUGCUUCUCCUGCCAGGGUUGAGGUGUCCACCAAUCCUUUUGACGUGGACGAUGACGAGCCGGUGGGCGCUGAGGAAAGUGUGGACCUCAGCCUGGAGUGGAUCCAGGAGCUGCCGGAGGAUCUGGACGUGUGCAUCGCCCAGAGAGACUUUGAAGGCGCCGUGGACCUGCUGGAUAAACUCAACGAGUACCUCAAAGACCAGCCGGUCACGCAGAAGGUCAAGGAGCUGCGGUCGAAGGUGGAUGAGCGCGUACGACAGCUGACAGAGGUGCUGGUGUUUGAGUUGUCUCCGGAUCGAUCUCUUCGUGGAGGACCUAAAGCAACAAGGAGGGCAGUGUCCCAGCUGAUAAGACUCGGUCAGUCCACAAAGGCCUGUGAGCUGUUUCUGAAGAAUCGUGCUGCCGCGGUUCAGACAGCCAUACGGCAGCUUCGCAUCGAAGGAGCCACGCUACUCUACAUCCACAAGCUCUGCAACAUCUUCUUUACCAGUGUGCUGGAGACGGCCAAGGAGUUCCAGAUGGAUUUCGCAGGGAACACAGGCUGCUACUCCGCUUUUGUGGUCUGGUCCCGAUCUGCUAUGAGGAUGUUUGUGGACGCCUUCAGUAAACAGGUCUUUGAUAGUAAGGAGAGUCUGUCAACAGCAGCCGAGUGUGUUAAAGUAGCUAAAGAACACUGCCAGCAGCUGACUGAGAUCGGCCUGGACCUGACCUACACCCUGCAGUCGCUGCUGGUCAAAGACAUCAAGGCGGCUCUGCUGAGCUACAAAGACAUCAUCAUCGAAGCCACCAAGCACCGCAACUCUGAGGAGAUGUGGAGGAGGAUGAACCUCAUGACACCCGAGGCUUUGGCCAAACUCAAGGACGAGAUGCGUAGCUGUGGAAUAACCAGCUUUGAGCAGUACACUGGAGACGACUGCUGGGUGAACCUCAGUUACACCAUUGUGGCCUUCACUAAACAGAUGAUGAGCUUCCUGGAGGAAGGCCUGAAGCUGUACUUCCCUGAGCUCCACAUGGUGCUGCUGGAGAGCCUGUAUGAGAUCAUCCUGGUGGCCGUGCAGCACGUGGACUACAGCGUGCGCUGUGAGCAGGACGCAGAGAAGAAGUCCUUCAUCCUGCUGAACGCCACCUUCCUCCACGACACCGUGCUGCCGGUGGUGGAGCGAAGGUUCGAGGAGGGAGUGGGCAAACCGGCCAAAAUGCUGCACGACCUCAGGAAGAGCACCCGGUCCGUUCGGAUCAAUCCAGAGAGCACCACGUCCUUGGUCUAAGAGUGAGUCCAUCUUCUCGGCUGCACAGAGCAGAUGGAGGCUAAACCCGCUCACACGCUCUUCUGCUGAGUGGUCUGCUAAUACUUCAGAGCCAAUCUCAACUCUCAUUUUAGAAGUUACUGAUAGUUCGAAAUUGAUUUGAAACUGCAGGACCAAAAAAGCCAGAAUACAUUAUGGAAAAGUCAGAAUGAGACAACUUCAGAUGGGCAUCAGAAAAAAGCUAUUGCAGGAAAAUGCCUAUUGCUAGCUAAUAUAGAAAAAUAUAUUAUCUGUUAAUAUCCUGAUGAAACUUGCAGCUUUGUGCACGUGUGAACUUCUUGGGUUAAUGUUAUGAUGUGUGAAUGUGAUUCUUCAGACUACGAGACAAAAUUAGAAAGUAAAUAGUUUUCUAAUCCACCAAGACUGAUGCCUGUAAAGACCACACACUAAAUGUUGAACUGCUACAUCUUUGUUAAUGCUACAAACUUUUGUAAAUGACCACAUGAAAUUCAAUAAACAUUACACACAAGA